AUGUUUUGCGGCCAUACUUUCUUAGUCUCUCUCGCAGCGUCGCCGCUGACGGUGGCAGAGCUUACGCGAAACGGUGCCCGUGUGGUGUACGACUUGGAUGACAAGACUCCCGUCACGUGUGUCAUCAUCGCGGGCGGUAAUCAGCUGGGCACUUCAGCGCGCUGCAGUCGUGGCUGGACGGAGGCAAAUGGACUCCCCACAUCAAUGGAGAAUCGCAUCCGUGCCAGCCGCAUCACAGUAGUCUACGAGCAUUGGGUUCAUGAGUGCCUGCGCAAAAGCCGUCUCUUGCUGCCGUGCCGGGACUACCCCGACACCAUCGCCUACGAUCCGUACUUAUUUGCUGGUCUUCGCUUCACAACGACGCAGCUGCCGUUGCAGCUGAAAGCGAACAUUAUUGCACUCAUGCAGUUUUACGGUGCCACGUACCACAACCACCUGCUAGACACGACAAACUUAUUGGUGUACAGUCACAUGCGUCUCUCACCCAAUUCCCUGAGGCAUGCGGUGUCUGACCCUCUUGCACCUCUCCCUUCCAUUGCUGAUCGUCGCGACACAGGGGCACAGUCGUCAAUCAAAGAAGCAGAGGCAGCAAAUACUUGUCCCGGCCAGCGAUUGUCAACGGGGCCGUCUGGAGACAACCCUGCCGGGGCUGCUGUGCCAUCCCUGACAAAGCUCGCCGUUGCGCGUCAACACGGCGUUACGUGCGUCACACCACAGUGGGUACAGCUGUGUCUGAACGCUGGCGAGCUGCAACCGGCAAGGUCAGCUCUAGCGCCCGCACCUCUCACUCGGACUCUGUCGCCUCCUUCCACCAACUCCAGCGCAACAAUGAAGGCUGACGCAUCAGUGUCCAACGUGACUGAUGCCAACGAGCUUUUUCACUGUGAUGAGGAAGUGGAACAAUGGAUCAGCGACGUACUCAUGUGCACACCGCACUCUGGAGGCGCCACCACGGAUGCGUGCGCAGUUCGCCUCUACGGACCGUCGUGGUGCACGAUCCCUGGACAAAAGGAGGAGGUUGCAGCAGCGCGUGAAACGCUCCAACUAGCGGCGCAGCUCUGCUCCUCUGGUACGUCAGCCUCGAAGACACGAAAGCGUCGUCGUGCAUACUGA